AACGGUCAGAUUGAUCUUUUUACAAAGUAUAGGGACGCCUAUUGGCUUUAACCCAAAUAUGUAAAUUGCCUCCUUCGAAACAGCACUUCCUACAACUUGGCACAAGUCGGAGCUUUCUCGAAAGUCAACCAACGAAAAAGAUGUCGAAGCGGGAUUCUGUGCCCUACGCCCCUCUCCCCCAAAAUCCCAAUCAAACCGUUAUCGUUCUCCCCGUCUACUACCAUGAUCGGACCCGCCGCUAUCUCCGCCACUGCCUCUCCUUCACUGCUGUCCUUUUCUUCCUCUCCGCCGCCAUCUUCUUCCUUUACCCCUCAGACCCCAAUCUCCGGCUUGCCCGCCUCCGACUCAACCACGUUCGAGUCAACUCCUCCCCUAAACUCACCCUCGAUCUCUCUUUUUCUCUGAUCAUCAAGGUCUACAACAGGGACUUCUUUUCUCUCGACUACGAUCGGCUUGCCGUCUCGGUUGGGUACCGAGGGAGGGAGCUAGGGGUUGUUAAUUCUGACGGAGGGCGCGUGAGGGCCAGACGGAGUUCGUAUGUGAAUUCCACGCUUGAUAUCGAUGGGCUGGAGGUCAUUCACGACGCAAUUUACUUGAUCGGCGAUUGGGCUAAGGGUGUCAUUCCGUUUGAUACUAAUACGCAGGUUGAAGGGCUGCUUGGGCUCUUCUUCUUCAAAAUUCCUCUCAAGGCAAAAGUAUCAUGUGAGGUGUAUGUAAAUAAGAAUGACCAGACAAUUGUCCGCCAAGAUUGCUAUCCUGAGUAGCACUGCCUGAGUACCGGAGUUUGGCAUAUUGUCUGAUUAAUGUAAAAGAAGUGGGACAUAGAAUCAGGCACCUGAGUUCAGUCAAGUUCAAUCACCUUGUACAUGCAUCAUGAGUUCAAGUUGUUCAGAGGUUGGUUAGUGUUAACUUCAAAAAAUUGUACACUGAGAUACCUGAAAACAAUAAGCAAUCAUUGUUUUUGUUUUUCACAUGUGAAUUAUAUAUGAGAAAUAUUCAUAUUCAUGGCGUUGCAAUGGACAGACCACUGUUUUUUAAAGGUUACCGGUCGCAUUCGUCUC